UGUUAAAUAUUAUUCUUAAUAAACUUUUUAUAGUUUUAAAAUAUCCGAAAUCGACGAGUUUGUUGUGGUCGACAAUCAAAAGGCCUUCAGCUAUAUGUUUAUUUGGGACUGCGUAAUACAUGCGUGUGUCACAUCGCCUCUUUUUGUACGGACAAUUUAUACUUCGUGGCUGUUUGAACAUAAGUUUAUAGAGAAAUUCUUACAUUUUCUUAUACGCGCGAUGCCGACAGAAAUUUUAAAAAAUUACGACAGAAAAUUUUUAACAUGUGAAAUUUUCAACAGCCUCUCACUGGCUCAAAUUAACGAUGACAACUUAACUCUUGGAAGGUAUGCUUGCCAUUUAUAUACAGAAGUUUUGAAAAAACUACCUGCAGUUGUUCGUAAGUGGUGGAAUAUUUUACCAUCUCGAAAAAAAUCGUUCUUGGAUAAACUUACGACCAACUUUGUUUCACCUUUAAUUUGCGAUGAAGAGUUAAAAUCUAUUUAUACGAAUAAGGAAAAGCAUGAAAAUAUGCAAGUCACAGUACAUUUGUCAACAAGGGAAGUAUUAGCAGUAUAUUUUGUAGAUGACGUUCGAACGGAGCUUACAAUUACGCUGUCAUCAAACUAUCCUUUGGGGCCCGUUAAAGUUGAUUGUGGAAAAAAUAUAGGGGGUCGCCUGUCUUCGCGUAAUAUAAUCAUGCAAUUGGCUUUAUUUUUAACUCACCAGGUAAUUACUUAUCUACCAUAUUCUUACCUUGGGAUUCAAAGGUGUUAGGUACCCUUUUUCGAA